AAAGGCUUAAACCCUUCAUAAGAGAAAUUCCGUAUAUAGGCGAAUCAUAUUAAAAGUUGGUGAUGUAGGUUCCAUCUACCCCUCCCAAACCACCACCCACCCUCUCUAACUCCCACAUCCGUCCACUGACUCCACUCUCUCUCUCUGCCAUAAAUAUUGUUCCAUUCCCCCCUCGCGCACUCCAUUCCCGAUUAGAACCAGCACCUCAUCACGCACACAAAUGGCCACGCCUAGACUGCCCGAUUUCCUACAGAGCGUGAAUCUCAAGCACGUGAAACUAGGAUACCACUACCUCAUCACCCACCUGUUGACUCUCUCUCUCCUCCCUCUCAUCGCCGUCGUUUUCAUCCAAGCCUCCCAGAUGGACUACGACGACGUUUACCAGCUCUACCUCCACCUCCAAUACAACCUCGCUGCCGUCGUCAUUUUCUCGACGGUCUUGGUCUUCGGGUGCACCGUGUACAUCCUGACCCGGCCCAGACCCGUGUACCUCGUCGACUACUGCUGUUACCGGCCGCCGGACCACCUCCAGGCACCGUUCCACCGGUUCAUGGAGCAUUCCAAGCUCACCGGCGAUUUCGACGAGUCGUCGCUCGAGUUCCAGAGGAAGAUCCUGGAGCGGUCUGGGCUUGGUGAGGAGACUUGUGUACCGGCGGCCAUGCACUGCGUUCCUCCGCAGCCGUCCAUGGCAGCGGCCAGGGAGGAGGCGGAGACGGUUAUGUUUGGGGCGCUGGAUAAUCUGUUCGGUUCCACUAAUGUCAAGCCCAAGGAUAUCGGCAUAUUAGUCGUCAACUGCAGCUUAUUCAACCCGACCCCAUCUCUCUCCGCCAUGAUCGUUAACAAAUACAAGCUCCGAGGCAACAUCAAAACCUUCAACUUGGGCGGAAUGGGUUGCAGCGCAGGAGUGAUCUCGCUCGACCUCGCCAAAGACAUGUUACAAGUCCACCGCAACACCUACGCGGUCGUCGUGAGCACCGAAAACAUCACCCAGAACUGGUACUUCGGCAACAAAAAAUCCAUGCUCAUACCCAACUGCCUCUUCCGCAUCGGCGGCGCCGCCGUCCUCUUGUCCAACAAACCCGCCGACCGUGGCCGCUCCAAGUACAAGCUCGUCCACGUGGUCCGCACCCACUGCGGGUCCGACGACGCCGCUUUCAAAUGCGUGUACCAAGAGCAGGACGGUAUGGGUAAAACAGGGGUUUCGCUGUCGAAAGAUUUGAUGGCGAUCGCGGGACAAGCGUUGAAAGCGAAUAUCACGACGAUGGGCCCGCUUGUGUUGCCAAUAAGCGAGCAACUCCUUUUUUUCGGGACGCUUGUCGCGCGGAAGUUGCUAAAUCCGAAAACGAAGCCAUAUAUACCGGAUUUUAAGCUGGCGUUUGAGCAUUUCUGCAUACACGCGGGAGGGAGGGCGGUGAUUGACGAACUGGAGAAGAAUUUGCAGCUCUCGGAGGAGCACGUAGAGGCGUCUAGAAUGACUCUGCAUCGGUUUGGGAAUACUUCGUCGAGUUCGAUUUGGUACGAGUUGGGGUACACGGAGGCAAAAGGGAGGAUGAAGAAGGGGAAUCGUGUCUGGCAAAUCGCGUUCGGGAGCGGGUUUAAGUGCAAUAGCGCGGUGUGGGAAGCGUUGAGGAAUGUGAAGGCAUCGGGGUAUAGUCCGUGGGCGGAUUGCAUCCAUCGGUAUCCUGUGAAGAUUCUUAAUUGAACAAAAGAAUGUGAUUCGAUUCGUCUUGUGUGUAGUUAUUUUUCUUGGAAGAACGAGAAUUGUUAGUUGGAGUUGAACCCAAGUCUUGUGUAUAGGAGUAGAACGUGCCUAACCGGGGAUGGUGCAGUGCACCCACCGCGUAGCACGGCCCAAAUCUCAUCUCGACAAUGAACGGCUCAAAUGUUUCACGGUGAAAAUGAGAUUUGAACCAUUGGACGGCUUGGCUACCAUUGGACAAUCACUUCACCUGCUUGUGUGUUUACUUCUUUUUCUUUUUCUUUUUUUUGGGGUAAAGAGAGUGUGGUUACUUGUUCAUUACCACUAUGAUUCUUUAGCUUAUAGGAUUAUGUUUUGGUGAAAUUGGGAUUAGGAAUAAGAAUAAGGAAAGCAUUGUCUUGUAAUCUCCUUGUCAUGUUUUCUUUUGCCUCUUGUAUGUAUUGGAAUGUUCUUUUGGGUA